GAGCCAUUCUGUGAUUGUGUGAACAGGAUGAAGGUGGGCUGAGACACUGCCCAACAAACUGGUGGCUCAGCACCUUAAUUCCAGGUACUUCAUCCCACUGUGACAGGUUACAGAGUCCUCAACGAUCAUUCUUUAUAGAAACUUGAAGACACACUUUAAGAAAAAGGCAUUCUGUUAUUUUUUGUGAAAAGGCUGCAAAGUUUCACAAGGAAACACUGUAAUCAAAAGAGCAGUCAUUCCAAGGAACACUGUUCUUUUACAAAUAUUUCUUUCUAUAAUCAUAGAUCAAAUUGGUUUCCUGACACCUUCCUAGAGGUCUUCAAAGCCAUCAGGAGAUCUUAAUUUUGACAAAAGCUUUAAACGGGGCUGUCCUUACCUCCUUUUAAACUGAAGAGCCAGAAGUUAAUUAAUUUUUAAAAAAACAGUGGCAGGGGUGCGGCUUCCCAUAUUCUUCUCAAAACACACACGAGUUAGUCUUAUAGCUUAAGUGGCCAAAAAGCUUUGCCAAGAGAUUUCUUGGUCACAUUUGUGCUUCAGCACUUGGCGUGGCCGCCACGCACCGCGCGUACCCCGAGGGACACAAACGUCACCGUGCCAGGGAACGUCCCAGCCCUCUCGAGGCCAGCAGCCCUCAGUCUGCACGAUUAGCCAGUUUUUAACUCGCUCUGUGAGGAAAAAGCCUUGCGGGCGGCCCGCAGCGAACGAGAACGCUCGGCUCCGCGCAGCUAACGGCCGCCAGCCGUGAGCGACAACGCCGCAUCCCGCCCGCCGCCAUUUUAAACGCGCCCAUCCCCGCCCAGCCGCCCGCCUCCCCUGUAGGCGCGGCCUACCCUCCCAAGCCGCCCUCGCUCAGGGUAAUGUGUGUCUUUACUGGUAGAAAACCUGAAGGGUUUUUUUUGCUGUGAAAGCUGGAAAAUGUUCAAAAAUCAAUAUCAGGGUGGCCCACUUGUUGAAAUAUUCAGUGCUCAAGGCAAAAACCCAGGAGCAAAAUGGCGGAUUUUUGGCAAUCCAUCAGCUAUACGGAAAGAAUAUGAUAAAGAAACAAAGGGCUUUGUUUUUGUACUUGAAGGAAGCAGCCAAAUAAACAGAAUGCAGCUACCAAAGGAAACCAGACAAACUUUGGGACUGAUUCAACCAUUCCUGACACUUCAGAUUUUGGUGCCAUUGGGACAAGACUUCUCCACUGAGUUACUGAUAACUGAUUUAGGAAAUAUUAAAAGAAGAUUAUAUUUAUCAACAGUCCACAAGGAGUUGUCUGUAACCCCUCUGCAUGCAAAAAUUCCUCUGUUUAUGAUCAAGCGCAAAAUAUGGUGCAAUUUGUGUAUUGACCUGGUAGCAUUCACCAGUGAAAUAUUCAGAGGAGCCAUCUUCCAGUCCUUGGAUGGAAUUAUUAUUUCAGCUAACUGUAAGCUGAGGAAGAUCUUCACGUUAAAAUCCAAGCCUCAAGAUACAGCUGAAGAAAAUGAUUCGUGCGUUGUUCCAUUUACACCAUGUGAGACAACAGAUGUUAUUCCUCGAUCCUGCCAACUAAAUACAGAUGUGCCACAAGUUACACAAUUGCUGAACUUGGCUAAAAUUCACAAGCCAGAAAUAAAAUGCAGGAGUUCUCCAGUAACAAUGCAAGAAACAGCUCGCUUGGUUAAUAGAAGGCAAGGCAAUAAGAAGAGCAGUAAAACUCAGGAUGUGUCACAUAUUGCAUUUGGAUCAAAGAUCCUUGGACCACCUCCAUCUUCAAACAGAAGAGUCAGCACAAGAGUAUCUGGAGAGGUAACAAAGACUGUGGGUAGCAAAAGUAAUAGAUCAUACCAACUUCAAAGUUCAGGAAAAAGAAGUGAAUCCCUACAAAACACUGAGAGACUGGAGCUGUCAUUCUCACCAUGCAAUGAUUCUUUAGGUCAAGGAGAUAAAAGAAAUACUCACCAAGCAGCUAAAGGUGUUCAUCAAAAUGACUCUGCAAUUCAGACUCAGAAAACCUCUGAGAAUGGAAGAACAGAUUUUCAGCUCCCCUCACCACAAGAUCCAUCAACAGACAAGAACAGUCAUAGAAGAUUAUGUCUAAAAAAUGCAGAAGAAAACACAUGGGAGAUAACCACUGAUGAAUGGGUGUUUCCAGAAAGUUUCACUGAGAACAUUCAGUUGGAUGGGAGCGAGCAGCACGCAGCCACUCAAGAUUCAGCCUGCUGUGAUUUAACCUCACCAGAGACCACCUCUAUUGAACAUCAGCACAAUGAAAUGGGUGAUCACGACAUGAAUCAUAAAGAGAUUUUCACAUUUUCAUCAAGACCUCGAUCAGCUCCUCAUGGGAAAUCCCCAAAUAUAUCACCAGAACACUGUAUUUUCCCUCUGGACUUGAAGCAAGACAGUAACUGCAUCCAGGGUGAAACCCAAACUAAAGAUAACUUUCAAGGAACUGAUGGUAGUGAAGAGGACAACAACAGCGACUUCAUCCAGAGUACUGAGAACCUUGAGAUCAGCUGCAGCAGACAAGGAACAUCUGAUUCAGUAGUUUUUAAAGACAACACAUUAAAGAGGAUAUCACAGAGAAAUGAAUACUGGAAGAAUAUGGGAUGCAGCAAACAAAACCUUGAGGAAAGCAUGGUGUCAAAACCACAGAGUUCCACUGGGCGAAAGACAGAACCCAUCAGCAAUCAGAGAACCUUAAAGCCUACUCUUUCUCUUUCUCCAACUGGAAGUAAACCUGAAUUCUUUAAAGUCAUUCCAGAUGUGUCUGAAAAAACUGAAAAAUCUGAGGGAGUUUCUGGUCAAAUAAAGUCAUCAGUCAGCAAAAACUCCCUCAAGAAAGUCUCAAAAGAAAAUUUGUGUCUGACAACACAGACUUGUGAAUAUGACUGGAAGAACUACCAGUCAAACAGAUUGAGUGCAUCCAAACUGCAGAUGCUGGCUAGCAUGAAAAGGCAACAAAACGAAGAAUUGAAGGAUACAGGAAUCUCACAUGGGUUGAGCGCAUCACAGAUUGACAACUGUAACGUUAACAUGAGUACAAGCAGUGAUGAUACAACAACCUGGAAUUCUUGUUUCCCACCACCCGUCAGUCAGGAGCAUCACUAUCAGAAAGAAAUGAGCCCACUUUCACAUUCCAACCCACGAGACUGGUUGGAUGCAUUCAGUCCCCCCAUCACUCCCGCAAGCCAGAAAUUGGAAGAGCACAUAAAAUCUUUGUCAAAUCAGAGUAUUCCAGGUGAAGAUGACCUCAAUGCUGAAGAAGACGAGGAAGUCCUGACUCUUCUGUAUGAUCCAUGUCUGAACUGUUACUUUGACCCAAAUUCUGGGAAGUACUAUGAGUUGGCAUAGUCAGAUCAUGAGGGCACACUGUUUUGUAUUCAGAAUAGAUUUAUCUUUUAACCGUUUUUGAAGUGUGACUGGGCUGUAUAAUUCAUCAUGUAAUUUAAGUCUUGAAGUAACCAGUAGUUUUGCAAAGAAAUGAAUAUAUUUUGUACAUAGUGUCUUAUUUUUAUAGUUUCACAUUAAGUUGUACUGCAGUGGAAAAUCACGUAGCAUGGAAGUUCCAGUGGGUAAGACAUUUAUUUGUUAGUGUCAUUUAUUUCCAGCAUUCAAAACUCCUACAUGGGAAUGAAUGAAGGCGAAUCAAGAGCUUUUGUGGUGGUCAUCUCUAACUUACGGUCUGACUCAAAUAAAAAAAGCUUUUUCCAUUCAUCAUUUAUUGGAUUCCUUUGUACAUACAAGCUGUGGCCCAAAAAGACACGUUCAAAAGUGUCUACUUUGUAAGCUCCCUUUGUCAUCAGAAAAAAAAAAUAUAGGAUGGGCUCUGGUACCAGCUGCCCUCUAUUUCCUGCUGUAAUUUGAGAUGGCAGUAAGGAGUGAUCGUUUCAACACUCAGAAAUUGGAGCCUUGUUCCAUGUAAAGGCAAGAGGGUGUAACGUCCUCAUACGUUUAUGUUAGUUUUUCUGUUAUACUUUGCAACGUAAGAACAAAACUUAUGUAUCCCAUCCAUAUUGACUUUCAGUGCAGUUUCCAGUGAGGGCCCCAGAGUUCCAACAUAGAGAUUGAAAUUGCAUGCAUCACAGUGUGAUUUCUUCCUGCUAUACGUAUCAUAUUUGUGUUGACCAUGGAGUAAGGCUAUGGAGACAGAGCAGACCAUUCAUAGCAUUUCAAAAUAAAUGCAGUCCAUGAAACUGCACAGGGCAGGGGCUGCCUGUGGAAGAAGCAAACUGUUUGGUUGUAAUGACAUCAAGCUCACAGCAGCUUUGGAGUCCAGCAGUUCAGUAUGUAACAGUUUUUUGGAGGGAGUUAAAGUGGAUGUCAGCAUCACAUGGCAGAAGUGAUCUAUGGACAUUUCUGGCGAUUCGUGCUCUGAGUUUCUACUUGAUUAUAUCCAGAGCUGUUCCACAGUAAUCAUUUGCAAGUUGAUUACUCAGUGAAUUUUUAAGAAUAAUGUAUUGGAAUGUCAUAAAGUGAGCUUACGAAGCUCACUGGCAAGUGAUUUAAAAUGUUAUGUCUGUAAAUUAUUUGUAAUUAUGGAUGCCAGUUAAUGAAUAUCCAAGAAUCAAUUGAAAAUGCAGCUGUUAAUAGCAGCUUGGCACAGGAUCAGACUGUGUAUUUGGCUUCUGUGUCAGGUACAAACAUAUCACCGCCAAUUGAUUCGAGUAGCACUGAAAUCCGCAGGAAGACAGAUACUGUGUGGAGAUAAUUUACUUACCCUGCCUUAGCCAGUUUAUCCCAGAAAGAUUUAUAUCUGUUCUUGCUAAUGCCAUAAUCAGUUUAAGAGUUCAAUGAAAUCAUAAUUUUGCCCUUCAGAAAUCAGAUCCUGGCUCACACACACUUGUAUGUACACAACUGCUUUCUGCUUAGCAUUGCUUGUUGUAUGUCCUCAGCAGCCGUGUGAGCUCUGUGAUGCCAAACAGAGCACCUCUGUCCCAAAGAGCUCCUCCCCUCAGGACAGCAGCAUUGCCUUUUCCCCUCUGCUGCCAUGUUUACAAGGUGAGAAGACAUGAGAAGUACUUCUUACUCUUCAUGUAUCUUUCAGACAUCAGACGCUCGAUUUUGGUGCAUCCUGAAACUUUGGGUCAGAUGGCAAGACUGCACAGGCUGGAAAAU